CUUUGGACCGUUAUAAAGUGACGCAAGGCUGGUGUUGUUUCUCUUUUCCUCUUUAACCCUGAGAAGCAUGAAAUUCGGAAAGAGUCUGAACAAGCAGAUGGAGAAAACGCUGCCCCAGUGGCGCGACAAGUUUCUCUCAUACAAGCAACUCAAGAAGAAACUGAAGCUCGUCCCCAAACGCCCAAGGCUCCACGUCCACACCUCCAACGGGGAAACCGACUUCACAAACUCCCUCCAACAUGAACUCCACAAAUUCAACACCUUCUUCCUUGAGAAAGAGGAAGAGUGCAUCAUCAAAUUCAAGGAGCUACAAGAUAGGGUGGCUACGGUAAAAGAUUCUAAUGAGUUAAUGCAAAUUCGCAAGGAAAUUGUGGAUUUCCAUGGAGAGAUGGUCUUGCUCGAAAACUAUAGUGCCCUUAACUACACAGGACUAGUGAAAAUACUAAAGAAGUAUGACAAGAGAACUGGUGCCCUGAUUCGCUUACCUUUCAUUCAGAAGGUCUUGCAACAACCUUUCUUCACCACUGAUCUUCUCUACAAACUCGUGGAGGAGUGUGAAGCAAUGCUGGACCGCCUUUUCCCGCCGGCGGCUUCCGGCGAGGCAACUCUCCGAGCUGAUGAUGAUCUGCUGAUACCUAAGGAGUUAGCAGCCAUCCAGCACAUUGAGAGCCUCUAUAUGAAGAGUACCAUCUCAGCUUUGCAUUCUUUGCAAGAAAUUAGAAAGGGAAGCUCAACAGUUAGUAUGUUUUCAUUGCCACCAUUGAAGAUAAGUGGCUUGGAAGAAACAUGGAACAAAAUUCCUGUUCUGGAACAAACAGCCAAGUGAUAAGGGAUGGAGUUUAGGGCCUCUUUGAUUCAAGUUUAGAAAUGUUUUUUUUGAAAAUUUUAGAGAAAAUAACACUAUAUUUUCGAUAUAGACACUCUUAAGACAUUUUGGAUGGGAUGGGGAAUUCACUUUUUUUGGCUUUUCUUUUUCUUUUUACUUUUAAAAUCCAGUGCAUAUGUAACAGAUAACAACACGGAUGUAAGAUACCAAAUUAUAGUCAAAAUAUUGAUAUUGUAGAAUUACUAGUGGUAGGCCCAUGCAAGGGUGUGGACAAUGAAUCAAUUAA